UCAACGUCAACUCAUCUGUGCUUCUUUCCAUCUUUGCCUACUCGCCCCCAAUGUCCACUUCCAUCCUCCGCAACUCCCUCGCCAGGGCAGUCCACAAGCCCUCAAUCCUCCGGACAACUCCUGGUCUCAUGCUCGCCCAGCGACGACUCGCCUCCACCGAGUCCGUGACUGCCGCUGAGAGCAUUGCCCUUCUUAACUCCCAAAGGCAGCACCGACCUACGUCUCCUCACUUGGCCAUCUACCAGCCUCAGCUCACAUGGUAUCUCUCCAGUUUGCAUCGUAUCACCGGUGUCGCUUUUGGAGGUGCCCUUUACCUUUCCGCCAUGGCCUACCUACUUCACCCCCUUGUCCCUGUCAUCGACUCUGCCCACCUCAUUCAACUCGUGCACGACUUGCCUGGAUGGUUCAAGGGAAGCGCCAAGUUCAUCAUCGCCCUUCCCUUUACCUUUCACUGCUACAAUGGUUUGAGGCAUUUGAACUGGGACAUCGGAAAAGCUCUUACCAUUAAGGGUGUCUACCGAACAGGUUACGCUGUCCUCGGUGCCACUGUCCUCUCUUCUCUCUACCUCGCUUUCUUCAUUUAAUUUCGGUGUAUAUGGCUUGCGAUCAGGAUUAGGGUUGCAAGGUUGUUAUUGGGGUGAAGGAGAUGGGUGUUUGAGAGACGGCACGAUUGCAUUUUGCUGUGCCGCUGUAUUUUUUACGAUAUGGAUGCAAGGGAUCAAUUU